GUACCGAGAAGCUAUCCACAAGUGGGAUGAAGCACUUCAGUUAACUCCAGAGGACGCUACUCUUUAUGAGAUGAAAUCACAGGUCCUGAUGUCUUUACAAGAAAUGUUCCCAGCAGUGCAUGCAGCAGAAAUGGCUGUUCAGCGAAACCCACGUUCCUGGGAUGCCUGGCAGACUUUGGGACGUGCCCAGCUUGGAUUAGGAGAGAUAGCACUGGCAAUCCGAAGUUUCCAGGUAUCCCUACACAUCUUUCCAAUGAACCCUGAAGUAUGGAAAGAGGACCUUUCCUGGGCAAGAAAACUACAUGAACAGCAGAAAGCAACAAAGACUGAGGCAGUGCAAGCACUGGUUAAGGAAAAAGAGCUUACACAAGGAUCAAUCCCAGACUAUGACUUUGAAAGUGAUGAAAUUGUGGCAGUCUGUGCUGCCAUUGCAGAGAAGGAGAAAACUGUUUCAGCAGCUAAAACGGUAGUGAUUGUGUCUGCUUCAGGCACAGUAGAGACUGUUACUGAGAAGGAGAAUUGUCCAACAACUCCUGAUGAAACCCUUUUCAUCAGAGCCCGAUAGGGCAGCCUUAUGGGUUGCCAGUACUGUUUUAAGAACGAGAGUCAUUUAUUGUAUUGUGCUGGCUUUGGUUUUGUUUUUAAGCAGUGGGAGAGCUUACAAAAGUUAAAGAACUCAAUUAUUUUUCUC